GAUGUCCCCUACCCCGACUUGGCCCCGGUUGUCUUCUUCUGCUUGAAGCAGACCACCAGCCCGCGGAACUGGUGCAUCAAAAUGGUGUGCAACCCCUGGUUUGAGUGUGUCAGCAUGAUGGUGAUUUUGUUAAACUGCGUUACCCUGGGGAUGUACCAGCCUUGUGAGGAUAUGGACUGCCUUUCUGACAGGUGUAAAAUCUUACAGGUGUUUGAUGAUUUCAUCUUUAUCUUCUUUGCUAUGGAAAUGGUCUUAAAGAUGGUGGCCCUGGGGAUCUUUGGCAAGAAGUGUUACCUUGGAGAUACCUGGAACCGCCUGGAUUUCUUCAUUGUCAUGGCUGGGAUGGUGGAGUACUCCCUGGAUCUCCAAAACAUUAACUUGUCUGCAAUCCGUACUGUCCGUGUCCUGAGACCCCUGAAAGCUAUCAACCGUGUGCCCAGCAUGCGCAUCCUUGUGAACUUGCUCCUGGACACCUUGCCCAUGCUGGGGAACGUGCUUCUUCUCUGCUUCUUUGUCUUCUUCAUCUUCGGCAUCAUCGGGGUGCAGCUGUGGGCUGGGCUGCUCCGCAACCGCUGUUUCAUGGAGGAGAACUUCACAAUACAAGGUGACAUUGUCCUGCCCCCUUAUUACCAGCCUGAGGAAGAUGAUGAGAUGCCCUUUAUCUGCUCGCUGUCAGGAGACAAUGGAAUUAUGGGCUGUCAUGAGAUACCCCCACUGAAGGAGCGGGGGCAUGAAUGUUGUUUGGACAAGGACGAUUAUUAUUACUACAACUCAGUCCGGCAAGAGUUCAACAUCAGUGGCAUGUGUGUCAACUGGAACCAGUACUACAACGUGUGCCGUACAGGCAAUGCUAACCCGCACAAGGGUGCCAUCAACUUUGACAACAUCGGGUAUGCCUGGAUUGUGAUAUUUCAGGUGAUCACACUGGAAGGGUGGGUGGAGAUCAUGUACUACGUGAUGGAUGCCCAUUCCUUCUAUAAUUUUAUCUACUUUAUCUUGCUGAUAAUCGUGGGCUCCUUCUUCAUGAUUAACCUGUGCCUGGUGGUCAUCGCCACGCAGUUUUCGGAGACCAAGCAGCGGGAGCACCAGCUGAUGCAGGAGCAGAGGGCCCGGUAUCUCUCCUCCAGCACUGUCGCCAGCUACAUGGAGCCGGGAGACUGCUACGAGGAGAUCUUCCAAUACGUCUGCCACAUCGUGCGCAAAGCCAAACGCCGCACCCUUGGGCUGUACAACAGCAUACAGAGCCGGCGCCAGGGCCACGUGGAGCCGAGCAAUGCCAAGCUGGGCAUGAACAGGAAAAGCCAGAGGCACUACAGGCUUUGCCAGCAGCACAACUCUCUUGACUGCCCUCCUCAGGGCUUGGUCCAGCCUAUUGCUGUGACAGCAACCUCUGAUCCCACCAACUGCCCCCGAUGCCAUAGGGGGGAGCACGAAGUGUCCCGAAGGCUCUCUGUCCUGGAUAGCGCUGACUCAGACCAGGAGGAUGGAGGAGCCAGCGAAGAGGAGGGAGCGGGCAGCAGAGAUGACCAGGGUGCCUCGGCACUGGAGAAGGAGGAGGAGGAGGGGGACGAAGGCGGACGGCUGAAGCUCUGCAGUGACAUGUGGCGAGAAGUGAGGGUCAAGCUUCGAGGGAUUGUGGACAGCAAGUACUUCAACCGUGGGAUCAUGAUCGCAAUCCUAGUGAACACUAUCAGCAUGGGCAUCGAGCACCACGAGCAGCCAGAGGAAUUGACCAACAUCUUGGAGAUCAGCAACGUUGUCUUUACGAGCAUGUUUGCCCUGGAGAUGAUCCUGAAACUUGCUGCUUUUGGUCUCUUUGAUUACCUCCGCAACCCCUACAACAUCUUUGACAGUAUCAUCGUCAUCAUCAGCAUCUGGGAGAUCAUCGGCCAGUCGGACGGGGGACUCUCUGUGCUGAGGACUUUCCGUCUCCUGCGGGUGCUGAAGCUGGUACGUUUCAUGCCCGCGCUGCGCCGCCAGCUUGUGGUGCUGAUGAAGACUAUGGACAACGUAGCCACCUUCUGCAUGCUCCUCAUGCUCUUCAUCUUUAUAUUCAGCAUCCUAGGAAUGCACAUCUUUGGUUGCAAGUUCAGCCUCAGGACAGACACAGGAGAUACAGUUCCUGACCGGAAGAAUUUUGACUCCCUGCUGUGGGCCAUCGUCACCGUCUUCCAGAUCCUAACCCAGGAGGACUGGAAUGUUGUGCUCUACAAUGGCAUGGCCUCCACCUCGCCAUGGGCAUCCCUCUACUUUGUGGCUCUCAUGACAUUUGGCAAUUACGUGCUCUUCAAUCUGCUGGUGGCCAUUCUCGUGGAGGGGUUCCAGGCUGAGGGUGAUGCCAACCGGUCAUACUCAGAUGAAGAUCAGAGUUCAUCAAACAUGGAGGAGUUAGAUCAGUUCCAAGAGGUCCAGGAAGGCUCAGAUCCCAAGCUCUGUGCAAUUCCUGUGACCCCUAAUGGACACUUGGACCCAUCCCUGCCCUCUUCCAACCCACCAGUGGCUGCUGGGGGGGCCACCAACUCUUCACGCAACUCGCUGCAGCCUGACCAGAUCCGCGUUGCUGUUGACUCCCGGAAGAGCAGUGUGAUGUCCCUGGGGAGAAUGACCUAUGACCAGCGGUCCUUGUCCAGCUCCCGCAGUUCCCACUACGGUGCCUGGGGCCGCAGCGGAGCCUGGGGCAGCCGUCGCUCCAGCUGGAACAGCCUGGCCCGGGGACACAGCCUGAAGCACAAACCUCCCUCUGCCGAGCACGAAUCCCUCCUGUCUGGGGAAAGGCACAGGGCGGCAGAUGGGGAGCCAGACGGGACGGGAAGGGUGUCUCAUCACCGCCGGACGCUCUCCCUGGACAACAAAGGCUCCUGUGACCUGCUGGAGUUGUCCUCAGUCCCGUCUGGCAACCGAGUGACCCAUAAGCUGGGAGCAGCAUCCAGCGAGCAUCAAGACUGCAAUGGCAAAAUGCCCAGUAUCGCCAAGGAGAUCUUCCCAAAGAUGAACAACCGCAAGGAACGGGGAGAGGAUGAUGAAGAGAUAGAUUAUAGCUUGUGCUUUCGCAUCCGGAAGAUGAUGGAAGUCUAUAAGCCAGACUGGUGUGAGUUACGGGAAGACUGGUCCAUAUAUCUCUUCUCUCCACAAAACAGGUUUCGCCUCCUCUGCCAAACCAUCAUUGCUCACAAGCUCUUUGACUAUGUUGUGCUGGCCUUCAUCUUCCUGAACUGCAUCACUAUUGCUCUGGAGAGACCACAGAUUGAACACAGAAGCACGGAGAGAAUCUUUCUCACUGUAUCCAACUACAUUUUCACAGCAAUUUUUGUAGCUGAGAUGACACUGAAGGUGGUCUCCCUAGGCCUGUAUUUUGGGGAUCAGGCUUAUCUCCGCAGCAGCUGGAACAUCUUGGAUGGCUUCUUGGUCUUCGUGUCUCUCAUUGACAUUGUGGUCUCGGUGGCCUCUGCUGGCGGUGCCAAAAUUCUGGGGGUGCUGCGAGUCCUCCGGCUGCUGCGCACCUUACGUCCCCUCCGAGUCAUCAGUCGAGCCCCUGGCCUGAAGCUGGUGGUGGAGACGCUCAUUUCUUCCCUCAAGCCCAUAGGAAACAUCGUCCUCAUCUGCUGCGCUUUCUUCAUCAUCUUUGGCAUCCUGGGUGUGCAGCUCUUCAAGGGCAAGUUCUACCACUGCCUUGGAGUCGACAUCAGGAACAUCACCAACCGGUCCGACUGCGUGGCCGCCAACUACAAGUGGGUGCACCACAAGUAUAACUUCGACAACCUGGGACAGGCUCUGAUGUCCCUCUUUGUUCUGGCUUCCAAGGAUGGCUGGGUCAAUAUUAUGUAUAAUGGACUAGAUGCUGUGGCUGUUGACCAGCAGCCAGUGACCAACAACAACCCCUGGAUGCUCCUCUACUUCAUCUCCUUCCUCCUCAUCGUCAGCUUCUUUGUGCUCAACAUGUUUGUGGGGGUGGUGGUGGAGAACUUCCACAAGUGCCGGCAGCACCAGGAGGCUGAGGAGGCACGCCGGCGGGAGGAGAAGCGCCUGCGCCGUCUGGAGAAGAAGCGAAGGAAGGCGCAGCGUUUGCCGUACUAUGCUACCUACUGCCCCAUACGCCUCCUUAUUCAUUCGGUCUGCACCAGCCACUAUCUGGACAUCUUCAUCACUUUCAUCAUCUGCCUCAACGUGGUCACUAUGUCCUUGGAGCACUACAACCAACCUGUGUCCCUGGAGACCGCCCUCAAGUACUGCAACUACCUGUUCACCACCGUCUUUGUGUUGGAGGCAGUCCUCAAGCUGGUGGCAUUCGGUCUGCGGCGAUUCUUCAAAGACAGGUGGAACCAGCUCGAUCUGGCCAUUGUGCUGCUGUCUGUCAUGGGCAUCACGUUGGAAGAGAUUGAAAUCAAUGCUGCUCUCCCAAUUAACCCCACUAUCAUCCGGAUCAUGAGGGUGCUGCGUAUCGCCCGGGUCCUGAAGCUACUGAAGAUGGCCACAGGAAUGCGAGCACUGCUGGAUACAGUUGUUCAAGCCCUGCCACAGGUUGGAAACCUUGGACUCCUUUUCAUGCUCCUCUUUUUCAUCUACGCUGCUCUAGGAGUGGAGCUCUUUGGAAAACUGGUAUGCAACGAUGAGAACCCCUGUGAGGGCAUGAGCCGCCACGCCACCUUUGAGAACUUCGGGAUGGCCUUCCUCACGCUCUUCCAAGUGUCCACGGGUGACAACUGGAACGGGAUCAUGAAGGAUACCUUGCGUGACUGCAGCCACGAUGACCGGAGCUGCCUCAGCAACCUGCAGUUCAUCUCCCCACUGUACUUUGUCAGCUUUGUGCUCACAGCCCAGUUUGUCCUCAUCAAUGUGGUGGUAGCUGUGCUCAUGAAACAUCUCGACGACAGCAACAAGGAGGCCCAGGAGGAUGCAGAGAUGGAUGCUGAGAUUGAGCUGGAAUUUGCACAUGGGCUGUGCUCCCGCAAGUCAAGCUCCCCAAAUUCAGGACAGGGAAAAGGAGCAGGAACAGGAGGAGGCGGUGGGAGAACAGAUCCUGAAGGCCAUCUGUGCAUGAGAUGUUAUUCUCCAGCACAGGAGAACUUAUGGCUGGACAGUGUCUCUUUAAUUAUUAAGGACUCCUUCGACGGGGAGUUAAUGAUCAUCGAUAACCUAUCGGGCUCCGUCUUCCAUCAUUACUCCUCGCCGGCCAUGUGCGAGAAGUGUAACCAUGACAAGCAAGAGGUCCAGCUAGCCGAAAUGGAAGCAUUAUCCCUCAACUCAGACAAGUCCUCUUCCGUCCUUCUAGGAGACGAGUCAGACAAUCACAGCACUUCUCAGCUGAGUCCUAAGGAGAUCAAGGAUGGCCAGGACAGCCCUGACUCCAAUGGGGUAGGCGAUCUGGGGGAAUGCCUGCUCCCAAUAUCCAGUGCGGAUGGCUCUACAAACCCGGACAGUUACCUGUGUGAAAUAGAGAAGACUCCUUUCAACUCAGUCCAGUCUUGGCUAAAGCAUGAAAGUACCAAAGUCCCUCCCAGCCCCUUCUCUCCAGGUGCAUCUUGCCCUCUGUUACCUGUACCAGCAGAAUUUUUCCACCCAGCCAUCUCUGCCACCCAGACAGGGCCUGAGAAAGUCUCAUGUCCACGCAACCUUCCUAAGAUCUCUCUGCAAGGCUCAUGGGCAUCACUGAGAUCGCCGAGUGUGAACUGUUCACUUCUUCAUCAGGCACCGGAGAGCGAUACCUCGCUGGAUAGCCGGAGCAGCAGCUCGGCGGGCAGCCUGCAGACCACGCUGGAGGACAGCCUCAACCUCAGCGACUCUCCCCAGUGCGCCCUGGACCUCCCGGUGGCUCUGUGCCCCGUGCCGGCUGCCGGCAGCCAAAGACCCCUGGCAGCCCCCCUCUCGCCCGCCUCCCGCCGCCGGAGCCUGCGGGGCCGGGGGCUCUUCAGCCUGCGGAGCAUCUGUCGUCACCAGCGCAGCCACAGCAGCGGCGGGAGCACCAGCCCCGGCUGCACCCACCACGACUCCAUGGACCCCUCGGACGAGGAGGGGGCCGGUAGCAGCCUGCGGGGGGGUGGCAACAACAGCGAGCCCUCGGAGACCCUCAGCAGCCUCUCGCUGACCUCCCUCUUCUCCCCUCCGCCGCCGGGGCUGACGCUGGUGAAGAAGUGCAGCAGCACCAGCAGCCUCCACGCCAGCCCCUCACCCCGCCGUCCCACCACCCACCGUGCCAAGCCCUUCUACACCGUUGACCCCCGGGGCUUCCUCUCGAUGCCUUCUUGGGUGACGGACUUCUGCAAGGACACCCCCUCGCCUGGGGAUGGAAAGGAGCCGGAUGGCCCCGGUGGACGGGGGACGGGGGACCGCGGCUCCCCACUCCCGUCCGAGCUGGAGCUGGGUGACGGAGUCAGCAAGAGGAACAGAUGA